AUGCAAUAUACCAAAAAGCAUUUGGGGGAAGAGGAAUCUAUUCAAGAAAUACUACUCGAAGAAACUUUUGUACCAAUCGAUGCUGCUGCAUCGAUACAUUGUGAAACUAUAACCCAAAAUGUAAAGCUCGACUGGCGUAAAGAUCGCCAAAAACUACGGAAUGACAAUAGAUAUGAAUUUAUGGAUUCAGAAAAUGGAAAGGAACACCGUCUCACAAUUCACAGCGUACGCAAAAGUGAUGAAGGGGAAUAUGGAGUUCUGGUUGAAGACACCUAUACAGCUAUUACGCGAAUUAGCGUUGUUGGUAUGUAUACAAGUGUAAAGUUAAAAAAGUGGUUAGCGCUCACUCCUUUAUCAGAUAGCGAUACAAAGGCUGUGCCAACUAUUGAAAUAGCUGAAGAAGAAUAUGACUCACAACAUUAUGACAUAUCGUUACGAGCGCCACCACAAAUUAAUGAGAUUUCACGUGGAGUUAGGCAAGUCUUCGACAAAUAUAAAUUAUAUACGAUUGAAUCGCAUUUUCAUUUUCAAUGUAUUGAAUCUAUUGAAAUAUCCGCUAUUAUGUGGCAACCACUAUCAAUUUAUCUUCCUCUGUACAAUUCUAAAGAAGUUUCGGACGAGAAAAUUGAUGAAAUGAUCACCUUAUGUCAAAAAUCAAGUUCAUUCACUAAGGAAUUCAUCAAUGCAGAAAUUAUACUACUCCAAUUGUUCUCUUCACAUAUAAAUGGCGAUUUUGAAUUCAAGCCUUAUGAUGUUGGAAGAGAUAAUGUCUUGGAAGCAGUGAUAAUGGAAGAAAAAAUUGAAAUGGCACAAUCUCAAUUAAGAGCUUCAUAUGAGACUGGUAUAAGCAUUUCGACUGAAUUCGUAGUUUUAGCUCAAAUUGAACAAUCAUGGUUUAUAUCGAAGGAACGCAUAAAAGACAACUAUCAGCUUCAAGUAAAAGCAACAGCAGAAGAAAUUAUUGAAAUAUUCAGCUAUUUUUCAAUCAUGCAUCAAGAUUUUAUGACUGAUGUCGUUAUAAUGGUUAAUGGUACAGAAUGGUUAAGUGAAGAGGUUAAUAUCGCUGUUCAAGUCUCUAAUACAGAAACUGUUAUGUCUUCGAAUGAUUUAAUGAUGUCUCUACAGCAAGGCCAUCUGGAAUGCAUAUUAAUUGAGAAUAUCUAUAACUCCAUAUACUGCAAUAUAAAAGAGUCAGAAAUAUCAAUAGCUGAAAUAACAAAUGAACUGAUUAGUCUCGAAGAAGAAUAUAACACAGGCGUAAUAGUAGCAGAACAUAAACGAGAAAUUUUUGAAUCAUUAAGAAUUUCUGCAUCAAGUAUGGAAACUACUAAAAUUCAAAUCCAUCUCGGGCAAAUUUCGGAACAAUGCAGUACUGAAAUUUUGCUCACUGAAGCCUAUAAUGAACUAAGCACAUUGCUUGCGAACGCACCUUUUAAUAUCACAACUGAAAUGACUACUAUUUUUGAAACAUUUCCCCAAUCGUAUGAUUUGGAAAAGAAAAUGGCUGACCAUAUGAUGGAAGUGGCAUUCCUCGUUGUCAAUGCUCCUCUAUGUGAGAUAAUUGAUUGCACAUAUUUCUUGGAAAAAGCAAUCUGUGAAAAGCUGGAUAUCGCAAUUGUAGAUGCAAGUAAAAAAACCCUUAAAACCCAGUUAAAUGCAUCACGCGAAGAAGCUCAGAAUAUAGUGGUAAGACUAAUGAAUGCAUCAACGGAGUGCAUUCAGAUGGAUUUAAACGAAGCAAAAUUUGAAGAUAUUUCUACUGAUUCUUUUUUUGGCCAAGAAACAUUCGAUCAUGUUACUAGUACAAUUAUAUACAACCGAGUAACUACGAAGUUAGAAGAACACGUGACCGUAUCAGAAAUUUUCAUCGAUCCGGCGACAAAUUUAGUUUCUGAGAUUCUGGAUGAUAUUAUGACAGUCAAUGAUCGGAUCAUAGAUGAAAUUAGUGCCAAAUAUCAAACUGAGCUUCUUAAUAGAGUUGUUUGCUCUAAAGACAGUGACAUUAUUCUAAAUGAUGUCCAACCGAUUAAAAUGUCCAAGAAAAUUCCAAACUUAGAUUUCACUGAAACAAUUCAUCAUGAUAUUUUGGAAGAAAUAAAGUUUGAAGUUACAUCUCAUAUGUGUCUGCUUCAUAAAGAUGAAAUCGAAUCAGCAGCGAUUCAAAUUCCUCGUUCAAGAAAAGUGCGUUUAACCGUAUAUUUCGAAUGUUCUAGAAUUCACAUACCCAUAACUGAAGAGAUAUUUCGUUCAGCAACCUUUUGCUGCCAACCAGAACAUGAAAAAUGUUGCAAAAUUUUACAGCAAAUCACUUAUGAAUAUGAAUUAUAA